CUUAGUUUAUACUUUGCUUAUAGUUGCUACGAUUUGUGAGUGCCUCAGCGGUUGUUGGUGCGUGUGGAUGUUCAGUGUGUUUCUCAAUCGUUCAACAAAACUUCAAGAUGGCCUGGGUUCUUAUGAGCAUUUUACUACUUAUUAGUUUUUAAAAGAGUGCAUUGGUUAUUAUUUAAUACAACCAUAUUUCUAAACCAACUUUCAUUGUUAUCUACUUAUAAAUAACCUCAAAAAUAGUCAAAUAAUUCAAAAACGGUCCGCAAAAUGGAGAAAUUUUGGAAAGAAAAGUGAUAAUAAAAUUUGAGGACUAGAAAAGAGAUGGAAUCACUUUCGGCCGAAGAUCCUGCUGCUUUGGUGGAGGUCCAUGAGGAUUCCAGCUCAGUGAAUGAACCUCAAGAGAAUGCAAGUGCGACGGCGGAAAUCCUUGGAGUUCCAACAUCAAAAGAAUCCAGUGAAGAUGAAAAUAUAUCUAAAAGUGAAGAACAUUCUUUGGAUGUUAACAAUGGAUGUGAACGAGUGUCAAAUAUUGACAAUAUUGGAGAAAUAACCUGUGAACUUGAAGAACAAGAAAAUAUUCAAAAGUGUUCAGUUAACGAUAGACUAUCGUUAACAAUCCCAAAGCCUAUUGAAGUAUCGGACGAAAGAUUAAUCAGAUCUUCCGAUGAGUUCGUGCCUAUUUCAGCUGAGCUGAAAACUAUUGGGGUUGAAAUUUCUGAAGAAGAAGCGAAACAGCUUAAAAAUGAUAUCAGAAGACUUUCUCCAGUAUUAGUGAGUCUUCGGGAACGGACACUUGGCGAAAUUUCAUUGACUUCUGACUCGAGAUUAUUCGAAGAAAACGUGUCUUCAUUAACAAACAAUGUGGCUAUUGCUAAACAAAUUGAUCAUGUUGAUGAAAAUGAAUUUAAAUCUACGACGAGUUCAGAAUGUGUUGAUAAUAACAGUGAUAACAGUUUACUAAGUGAAAAUUUGUCAGAAAAAUCUCAUGUAAAUUCGGACAAAGAAUUAAUGAUUGUGUUGUCCCGUUUUAAUUCUAAUGAAGAUACUGUAUGUAUUGAUAAUAAGGAUAAUUUAGAUAUUUUAUGUAAUACUUCGAAAUAUUUAGAAAAUGAUCAAUUGACCAGAAAAAGUCCAGUAGUCAUUUUAGAAAGAGCCGAAAAUCAAUCACAAAAAAUCACUGAUGAAGACAAGUUAAACAUUGUAGUCAAGCUAGAAAAUGAAUUUGAAGAUGAAGAUGAUGAUCUUCAAAAUAUCAGAAAGACUAGUGUGUCACUGGAUUCAUCAGAAGAAGAGUUGCGAGUGGUCAACGAUAUUCAAGAGUCAGUGGACACCGAGACUGAAACAGAGACCGGAUCUGAUAGUUCAGAACUGAUCUCGAUGACUUCCGUCCACUUGAAAGACUGUGAAGAAACUAUUUCCGACGGUUCUAGGUGUCAAGAGACUGAUGUGUUGGUUUGUGAUGAAAUGACACCAGGUAUGCUCACCAGACUUCAAUCAGAACAACCGGAUCCUUUCACUGAAGACUCUGCCGAAAGUCUGACACUGACCACGGGUGCUAGAGAUGAAGUAAGGUCUGAUGGUAGUGAUUCUGGCCUUGGGAGUGAACUUCCUGGUGAUCCCGGACCUACGCCAGCUCCUGAAAGUGAUUCGGAGACUUCUUUUCUUGAUAGAAUUCCCGAUGACAUUUUAUCUGACAAAGAAAAAGUAAAUACCCUAGAAGAUUUAGCUCCAAGUACGAGUAAUGCUGAUGCUCCGUCGGCAUUGCCAUUGCCGACUAUUCGGGUGCCCCAAAAAAGCAAUCUAAAGCGACGGUUGAGCGAUUGUCUAGAGGGAGAACCAAGUGUAAAGAGAAGCAACGUAGGAGAAGAGCCAGAAAGAAAGAAAAGAAAUAUUCAUUUUGAUGCUGUUACUGUUUAUUAUUUUCCGAGGUCUCAGGGUUUCACUUGUGUUCCCUCACAGGGUGGGAGUACGCUUGGAAUGAGUGCAACACAUACGCAUGCCGAAAGAUUCUCUUUAACGGAACAUGCAGCAGAACAGAGAAGGCUUCAUCGUGCAAGAUUAGCACAGUUGAGAUCGGAAAGGGCUUCUAAUUGUAUCGUUGAAACUGCUUCGAGCUCCGAAGAUCCUAGUGAUGAUACUGAUGAUGAACCUAGUGAUUCCGAAGAUUUAGAUAUUGACAGCUAUUAUUUUUUACAACCAGUCCCAACGUGGCAGAGACGGGCAUUACUUCGUGCUGCUGGAGUACGAAGGAUAGAUGCUAUUGAAAAGGAUGAGUGCCGGGAUAUUCGUGCUAGCAGAGAACACUGUGGCUGUGCUUGCAAAGGAUAUUGCGAUCCGGAAAGCUGUCCUUGUUCAAGAGCUAAUGUUAAGUGCCAAGUUGAUCGAGCGGGGUUUCCUUGUGGUUGUUCUCGAGACGGUUGUGCAAAUAGCUCAGGACGAAUAGAAUUCAACCCGGUUCGAGUACGAACGCAUUUCAUUCACACACUGAUGAGACUAGAGUUGGAGAAAAAACAACGUGAAGAGGAAUCUAACGAGCGAGAAAUGGCAAAUAAACAAGAUCCGUUACGAGAAGGGAAUUUAUCAGUAUCAAAUGUUGAUUCAUCUGAUUCUUCUUGCUUAAAUGGCAGUGGAUUUACGACGUUGCAUUAUGAAAAUGAAGUGUCCACAUCUUGUCAAUCAAUGCAUGUUGCACGAGAAGAUAGUCUAGAUCUCUACGCAAUUCGAGAUGAUUGCUAUCCUAGUGAAGACAGUGAAAAUUCUCACAAUCCAACGAGAAAACUUCAUCCAGAAUUUAAUCAAACCUUUCAAGCAUUUCCUAGCCAACAAGCAUCCUUUCAACCAUCAUCUUAUCAAGAUUAUCAAAGCUACGAGACCUUGCCAUCAACUUCAAGACCACAAUUCCAACAACAAUUUCAAUCAAUGCCAUCAUCACAACCUUUCUCUCAUUACUUAGCUUACCAAAAUGCAGGAAUGCAAACUACGAAUUGUCACUCAAAUCAUCAAUCGCAAAUUUAUGAUACAUCUUUUUCUCAAGAUGAAAGUAGUCCUCAGCAAUACACUAAUUUAAAUUCAGUCCAACCAAUGAAUAAUGUGGUCCAACAAAUGGGUAAACUUGAGCCUUUUUCUGAGCUUUUAGCUGGUCGUUAUUCAUAUUAUGGUGAUGUAGAGCCUCAGCAAAUGACUUAUCACAGUACGAAUAAUAAAAUGGAAGAAAAAACUGAAACUAAUGAACAAGAAGAAAGCAAUGAAGAUUGUGAUGAAAAUUUUGGUGAAAUAAUUAAAAAAUCUAUGGUUGAAACUGUGUCCGCUUGAAGAGAAUGAUAGAUAAUUGAUGAAUAAGUGGAGGCUGAGGUACCUGAAGAAGCUCUCCGGUCAUGAAGGCCAGACAAUCUUCACUAGGACAAAUUAAUCAUGAAUAAAUAAUUAAAUGGUACACAGGAGAACACAUAAUUUUGUUGGGGGAGUAUUAAAAGAGAAUAGAAGGAUAUUAGAUAUAAUUAAAAGGUAUUCUUAUGCAGAGUAGAAUUUAGAAGGGUUAUUUUUACAUUUGAAUAUCAAUAAGAUUUUUUUUUUAAUAUUUUUAUCGAUAUUUAAACACAUACAUAAAAAUAUUAGAUAAUUAUAAUACUCAGUGACUAUAAAAAUAAAAACACUAGGAGACAAGUUUUAUCCAUUGUGUGUUUGAUUAUUGCUUGAGUAUUCAAUGAAUAAGAAAUACAAUGUUACUGAAUGGUGGCCUUUCAAAAAUGACAAAUUUUCUAAAUAAAUUUUGACUUUUUUAUCAAUAAAAUUAUUAAUGCACAAGGGUGAUUAUAAUUAUCUUUAAUACGUUCAAAUAUAAAGAAAUAUUUGUAUCAAACAAUUGUAAUUGUAAUUAGAAUCAUUUUUUUACUCUAAAUAAGGAUACCUUCCACAUUAAUAAAUCCAUUCACAUUUUAUGACAAUUUAAAAUUGAUAUUUAACGAGGUUGUGACCAAGAAACAACAUGGGAUCAGCUUAGAGUGCAGAAUAUUUAAUAAUUUAAAUAAUUUUAAUAUUUGAAUAAAAUAGAUAUCAAUUAAAAACAAUUGAUGGACGAUGAUUAUA